AUGAACGAUAGAAACGAUAGCUUGAACACGAAGGUUAUAGUCUUUGAUGGAAAUAAUUGGAAUCAAUGGAUGAUUCAAAUGCAUGUGUUAUUUGGCACUCAAAAUGUUCUUGAUCUCGUCAAUGACAGUUAUGUAGCGCUUGGAACAAAUGCAACUGGGAUUGUUGAUUCAAAGACGGCGAAGGCUGUGUGGAACAUACUAGUACGUCACUAUGACGAUGAUACAUUAGAGAAGAAGGUGAAACUCCAGUCUCUACGUAAGCAGUAUGAGAAUCUCAACGUGAAGAACAAUGAGAAGGAUCUGAGCAUCAUGAGAGCUAAAGUGUUGCAAAGUAGUCUAGAGGCACAAGAGUUGCGUCUGACUGAGAGAACCUCUAAAAGAGAGGUAGAGCAGACUCUGAAGGAAUCUUCUAGUAAGAAAAAUCAGAAGCAUUCUUGGUUAGAUGCCAAAAAGAGACAUGAUGAUGGUUAUCGGAAGUUAGAAGUCUCAAACUCUGAUGAGAAGAAACAUUAG